AAGUUUUUUUUUCCUUCAAUUUUUCAGUCUCAAUUGGGAAUGUGUAUUAUGUGUUAACAAAUUGGAUGGAUUGUAGCGGAAGUUGGAUGGUAGCAGUUCAAGGAAAGAAUCAAUGUGGGAUGAUGACGAUGAUAGUUCAGUAGAUGGAGAACUCUUAUAUGAGUAUCUUGAAAGAGUGGGUGCAAAGGAUCUAACCAAAGAAGAAGUUGAAGUGAAUGUGGAUGAAGGUUUAAGUAAAAUGGGUGUUGAUGCUUAUCAUUCCCUAUCCACAUUACAAAAACUGAAUUGGAUAACUUGGCAGCUCUUGUUGGGACGCUAUGACACUCCUUUGAGAGGCAUAAAGCCUGAGCCACCACCGCAGCCUGAAGAAUCAGCGAGAGGACCGUGGUUUAUGUAUUCAGACGACGAUGAAUCAGACUACGAGGAUUCAGGCAAAGAUGAAUCAGACUACGAGGAUCCAGGCGAACAUGAAUCAGACUACGAGGAUUCAGUCGAAGAUGAUUAGACUACGAGGAUUCAGACUAUGAGGAUUACAUCUCGGAUGAUUCAGACCAUGUUUGGGGUUUGAAUAGUCUUGAGGAUUCAGGCAACAUGAUGUAGCACUAAGUUAUGAAGUAACAAAAAUUUCGAAGAGAAUUGUAUUUUGGAUUUGAAUAGGGUUUCUAUCCAAUGACUAGUAGCAUCUGUUUUUA